AUAUCAAUGAGUGCAGGAAUUACCCCGGGCGACUCUGUGCCCACAAGUGUGAGAACACAGAGGGGUCCUACCAGUGCAGUUGCACCACUGGCUUUCAACUGUCUCACGACGGCAGAAACUGUGAAGAUAUCAACGAGUGUGACGCAAACCCUUGCAGCCAGGAAUGUGCCAAUGUCUAUGGCUCCUACCAGUGCUACUGUCGCCGUGGUUACCAGCUGAGUGACAUCGAUGGGACAACAUGUGAAGAUAUUGAUGAGUGUGCUCUGCCUACUGGAGGUCAUGUGUGUUCCUACCGCUGCUUUAACGCCCCAGGAAGCUUUUACUGCACCUGCCCAUCCAUAGGUUACACAGUCGCCCCCAACGGACGCACCUGCCUAGACAUUGAUGAAUGUGCAGCGGGGAUACACAACUGUUCUGUCUCUGAAAGCUGCUUCAACAUCCAGGGAGGAUUUCGCUGUCUGUCCUUCAAGUGUCCUCCAAACUUCUCGCAACCAGCACAGGGACCCAAUGAAGAUGCGUCAGUCAGUGUGCGUUGUGUUAAGACCUGCCAAUCUAACAACAUCAGCUGCAUACAUGAUCCUGUCCACCUUAUCACCCACACUGGCCUCUCCCUGCCAACCUUCAGAGACUUCAGUGAACCAGAGGAAAUAGUUUUCCUGCGGACACUUACAGCAGCAAACCCUGCUCCUCUACUCGGUGCCACUGAGGUUUUCUUUGACAUCCUGGCUGCAGAUGAUCAGUCCUCUUUUGAUGUGCAGAAGCGCCUCCACCAGGGCACGAUCAUGGGUGUGAUUCGGCAGGUGAAACGUAUCAUUGGUCCCAUGGAGCUUGUGGUGGAGGUGGCUAUUAACUAUGUCAAGUCAGGGGUCAAUUCCCAUCGCAACAUUGUCAUCAUCCAUAUCUUUAUCUCUGAGUUCUGGUUCUGAUCUGAGCUAAUAAGUGAAUGAAAAUUGCAUUAGCCAUACAACACAUGACUUGGCAAUUAUGAUUUAAAUAUAGAUUUGAAUAUCUGGAGGCCCUACACUUAGUAAGUAAUUUCAACACAAUGUAUUUACCAAUAAAACAAGAAUUAUUAUUAUUAUUUUUUUUUUUUUACAUGCAAUGAAAUAGACUCAAUUCUUAUUUGUUACAUCUAGUUUACCUUUUACAAGAGUGAAAUGAAGCAAUGUUAUAGAUUAACAGGAUGCUGUCAUCGCCUUAACCACUGUCUACUGUGUUUAACUUGAAUUCAGACUUUGUUGUUAUGAGUGCCACUAUGAUCGAUUGUUGGUUGACCUGUUGAAUUGUUUGAUUUGCUCCGUUUCAUCUGUUUUGUCGGGCCAGAUGUGACAUGCUUUAUUUGAUUAUAAAAUGCAUCAUCUAUAGACUUUCUUUCAACAUUGAUUGUGUUUUGUACUAUCAGACUGUGCGGCCAUGUGAAAUAAAAACUACCGUAUGUGGUUAA